CUUUUCUUGGGUUGUUAAUUUGACUUCCUGAAUCUCGAACUUCCUUGACUAUUCGCGGGGGCGGUUCUACGUGGUUGAUCACAUGUUCGCAUUCCGAUCCCUGCGUCUACUUUCACGAAAACUCCCGUCCACUCUUCCUCUGCAGACUCGCCGUUCGAUCAACGCCGGUGUCUCUGUGCCCAUCGAUGAACGAUUGUCCGACAUAGUUCGAAUGAUGCAGAAUCUCCCCAGAAAGCCCGACAACCCGCCCAAGCGGCGCAAGAAGCUCCGCGAUGAGAAGCGUCAAGGCUUCGACGAGGUCCUCCAGGCCGAUAUCGACCAGCUCAUCGGCAAACACAAGCCCGCAACCGAGAUCGAGUACCUGACUCCCCAAGGACCAAACCUUCCCGAGCCCUUCACCGAGAUCGAAGUCGAAAUCGCACAGCUGUCAUCCACCGGCGAUGGUCUGGCCUUGUCCAAGGAUCAAGACCAUGUCUACGUGGUGCCUUUCACAGUGCCCGGCGACAAGGUGCUGGUCAAGAUCGUGCGCCACUUCCACUCACUGCAGUACAGUGUUACGGACUUCAUCAAGGUCAUUGAGCCCGGUCCCAAGCGCAACGACGCGGCCAUCGGCUGCCAAUACUUCGGCAAAUGCUCCGGCUGCCAGCUGCAGAUGAUGUCCUACGAGGAUCAACUGGCGCACAAGAAGCGCAUUGUGGAGAAAGCCUACGCCAACUUCUCCGGCCUCAUCCCCGAACUGAUCCCCGCCGUUGACGACACAUUCCCCUCUCCCCUGCAAUACGGCUACCGCACGAAACUCACGCCGCAUUUCGCCGCGCCCCCGGGCAGCAGCAGACGUGGCAAGAAAUCCGGGGCAACCCACACGGAGGUGCCGCCCAUCGGCUUCACCUACAAGAACCGGCGUGCGGACCUCGACAUCGAAGACUGCCCGCUGGGCACCGACAUCGUCCGCAAGGGUCUCAAGAGCGAGCGGCAGCGGGUGGCCGACAACCUGUCGCAGUACACGCAGGGAGCGACGCUCCUCCUGCGCGAAUCGACCUCGCGCAUCCCCAAGAACCCCAGCGACGACUUCAUGGCGGCGACCGACUUCCCCCGCACCGAGGACCUCAACACCCCGCAAGACUACUCGGCGGACCUCAUCCGCACCGAGACGGACACCUACACGGAAGAGAAGCGGUGCGUGACGAACAACAACGCGACGACGGUCGAGUUCGUCGACGACUACGUCUUCACCAACAAAGCGGGCGCCUUCUUCCAGAACAACAACUCCAUCCUGUCGGGCUUCACCGAGUACAUCCGGCAGCACGCGCUGCUGGCGCCCACCAACGCAGACGACCAACCGAUCAAGUACCUCCUGGACGCCUACUCAGGCUCGGGCCUCUUCACCAUCACGCUCUCCCCACUCUUCAAAUCCAGCCUCGGCGUCGACGUCGCCGGUGACUCCAUCCUCUCCGCCCGCCAGAACGCCCGCGCCAACCGCCUCCCCAACACCGGCUUCGCCGCCGCCGACGCAGCCGUCCUCUUCAAGGACGUCCCCUACCCGCCCGACCAGACCCUGCUCGUCAUCGACCCGCCCCGCAAAGGCUGCAGCGACGACUUCCUCCGCCAGCUGCUCGCCUACGGCCCCAAGCGCGUCGUCUACGUCUCCUGUAACGUCCACACCCAGGCCCGCGACGUCGCCGUCAUGGUCCAGGGCGACGCCGCCCGCAAGAUCCGUUACGAGAUCGAGAGCAUCCGCGGCUUCGACUUCUUCCCCCAGACCGGCCAUGUCGAGGGCGUCGCCGUGCUGAACCGCGUCGCUAUCCCGGACCCGGCUUAGCGUUUUUCUCCGUCUGGCUGCCGUGCGUCGGAUUGUAGAUAUCAAGGGGUGGUUCGGAUAAAAGCGAGCGAGGGGUUGUAAUUUCUUUCUUCUUUGUGUGAUAUACUUAUUGGCGUUGCCGGGGUGGGGUCCAU